UUACUUCCGAAGCACUAUUGUUUUGAUGGAAGUUGACGUAACGAAGGUGGAUGAAGUUUGUUGUGUUCCGUGUCCAGGAAAUUGCUUGCGUUAAGGACGAAAAAUACUCGUCAAAAUUACCAGAUAUAAUCAUAUACGGGUGUACAAAAGUAUUAUUUUUCAGCUACAGCAUUUUUUUUGUAGAAAACCACACAGGGGAUCGGACCAGGACUUUGAAAAGUGAUGUCCUGGGAAACAUCGCCAUUUUUGAAAUUGUACGGUCUUGGCCAAGUCAGUGUCGUGCUUAAAGCUCCUGCGAAUCUCAUCUGAAUUUUUUCUGGAAAAAUAUUGAAAAGCUGUGGGAUAAAUGUGGAAUAUUGGUCAGAAACUUAUUUUUUUCUUUUAAUAAAGGACAAAUAGUUACAACCAACUUUCAGCCUCCUCCUGUUGACUCUCGUUGAAGGAAAAUGCCAAUACCAUGCGCAGAUUGUACAACAAACAUUGGCCUGUUUAAAAGAAAGUUCACUUGUGGAAAAUGCAAUGGGGUAUUUUGUGGAAACUGUUUUACAAAGACAUCAAAGUUGAAAGUACAAAAUAGUUUGUCACCAAAACAAUGUCUUAGAUGCAACAUAUUUGGUCUUUCCAUAUACAGACGUGAAGAUCUCUUACUGCUGAGUACCAAAGAUCUUCGUUGUUUUCUUACAUCAAAACAAAUUUCUACCAAAAACUGCACAGAGAAAUUUCAUCUUGUCGACCUGGUUAUGAACUUUGCUGAAGCAACUGGUCAAAAAUCCUUAACCGACCUAAGGCGUGAACAAAAUCAAAGGGCCCAUGUUGAAUAUCUGCGCCUUGAGGCUCAGAGACUUGAAGAGGAGGAUGCCAGGAGAACAAAUUUUGAUUUUAGAGAAACAAUCAGUGAAGCAAACCUGCCUGGCACUGCAUCAGAAGUGCCAAAAGAAAGUGCAAAAGAUAAUGCAAGAAAAUGGAAAUCAAUUGAAGAUGUUGUCUCUCUGGAUGAAAUUGAUCAUUUGUGUGUGAAAGAUUUAAAGAAAAUAUUGACAGUGAAUUUUGUAGAUUACAAAGGCUGUUUUGAAAAACGGGAGUUGAUAGAAAGAGUCAAAAGAUUAUGGUCGUCACAAAAUUCAGGAGAAAGAACCAAAGGAGUUAGCAAAGAUUCUAAAGGUGAUGACCCUUACGAGGAAGACCUUUGCAAACUUUGCAUGGAUUCAAAGAUUGACUGUGUUUUGUUGGACUGUGGACAUCUUGUAACUUGCACUAAAUGUGGGAGAAGGUUAGCAGAGUGUCCAAUAUGUCGUCAACUUGUUGUUCGUGUGGUGCAUGUUUUCAGGGCAUAAGGGGGAUGCAUGUUUUAAAUCUAACCUUGCUGGAAUUGGUUGAACUGACUAAAAAAACAUUAAACUGGCACAAACUAGCAGAAUGAGCUAAGAACAACCUGGUUUUGAAUAAAAUAAGAAAAGAAUAUUGAUAACACCCAGAGCAAGCAUGUCUUGAUCCUGGAAAAGGGCUGGAGCUGCCUUGAUAGGAACCAUAUGAAUAGGAAAAGAUAAAGAAUAUUAAGCAUUAGUAGUUUAAUAUCAGACACUUAUCAGACAUUGUCUUUAUGACCUUCGUGAUGUACAUAAAGUUUAUAAACAAAGCACAUUUUCUUGGAGUUUAGUUUUUCUUGGAGUACAUUACAGAUCAUCGUAGCAAUCCUUUUUCAUUUGAUGUCACCUCAAACAAAAGUGUACCUUUAAUCAGGAUCAAUUUGUUUAUUAUCAGAGUGAUCGCUCAUGCAUGAGAAAUCUCGCAAGGGAUGGGCCACUUCCGUAGGCUAUUUCUCACGAAAAGGCCUGGGUAAUAGAAAAAAUUGUUGAUAUCUUCCGAUAUUCCCAUACUUUAUUUACAUUUUUACCCACAAAAUGUGACUGCAAAUUAGUUGCUGCACCUAAACAACAACUGGGUUACCUUCUGUGUCAUUAUUUUCUUGUUCAGCUCCUUAACAGAUCCCCCUUGAUCUGGUCUCUGUUCUGGUUGAUUGUGCUAGUUCAGUGCUUCUUGCAAGAAAGUACCAAAUUUAAAAGACAGGGUUGUUAAGUUAUUAUACAUUGUUUUCAAUUUGUUUGGAGUUCAUGGUAUUUUACUAUUAACAUUUUUAGUCUUCUACCAAGACAAUUUCUACCAAUCACAGUCACACACAAACUUGCAUUUGUCUUAAUCAUAACUAAAAAGGAGUCAACAUGUAAAUCCAUAAUUCAUACAGUGUUAAAAUAAACUACUGGUUGUCAUUUAAGCAUAUAUAUUAAGUAAUGAUAUAUUUGUAAUUCAGAAAAUGUAUUUGGGAAGCAUGGUGUAAAAUACUUUGUUGUGUAUCUCAUAAUUAAAUAAUCAGUUUAUCAUGAUUAGACAAAUUGCAAAA